AGUGAACCUGUAAGUUUGAUCGAGUUUACAAGUUAAGAUGUGCAAAGCAAAUUACCUUCAGAAAAAUUAUCAAAUUCUUUUAAUCAGAUUUCAGAUCAUAAACCUAAAAAAAGUCUUUAAAAUGAAAAGAGUAUGAAAUUGUUUUAAUAAUAUAGAUAGUUAAUCCAUACAAAUCAAAUUGGGCUAAUACUUUGCUAAAUAAACAUUAUAAGGUAGAAGUUACAUGUAAAGGAAGUAAAUGGAUAAUAAAGAAGUUAAGUGAAGAUGAGCCUUCAAAAUCUAUGGUAAGUUGUUUGCCUAAUCUCCCUAAAAAUAUUUAAAGUUAAGGAAAAUUAUUCUCAAAUACAGCCUCAAAGUAUACAAAAAAAAGACUUAAUAAAUUUAUCAUAGAAUAACAUCGAUAAUAUGCAUUAACACCAAUUGAAAUUCGACCUUAUUAAAAUUCAUCACUUCCUCAUUUAACAAAUAAAAAUGAAAAUAAUAAUAACUAUUUCAACAAUAAUAAUAAUAAUAAUAAUAAUAAUAAUAAUAAUAAUGAUAAUAAUUAAAAUAUAAUUAAAAUUCGCUUAAAUUCAGAAUCUCCAUAAUAAAUGCCUAUUUUUGAUAUUAAUUUUAUCAAAAACCUUUAGCAAUUUAUACCAUGA